CACCCAGUUCUGACAGCCUCCUCGAGACGACUGCCCUCGCCUUCUUUGCUCGCCGUCAUGUUCGCUGCCUCCCUCCUUUGCCAGGUGCUCCUCGCCUCUGCGGCCUUCGCCAUCCCCACCUCCAAGGAGCGUUUUGCCCAGCGCGCCGCCCGUCGUGCCUCUGGUUUUGCUCACCAGUCGCAGCCGAAGCAGUUUGUCUCUUCUGGCCCUACCAUCGAGGGCCCUGCCGGCAACGUCUCGCACGUCGACUACAGCAGCAACUGGGCCGGUGCGGUGUUGGUUGCAAGCACGGCUACCUACAAGUCCGUCACUGGCACGUUCACCGUUCCGACCCCUAAGGAGCCCUCCGGGGGCUCUGGCGAGCACUCUGCGUCCGCCUGGGUCGGUAUCGACGGCGACACCUGCGGAAACGCUAUCCUUCAGACCGGCGUUGACUUUACCGUGAGCGGCAGCAGCGUCAGCUACGAUGCGUGGUACGAGUGGUACCCUGACUACGCCUACGACUUCUCCGGCAUCAGCUUCUCCGCGGGCGACACCGUCACCGUCACCGUCACGGCGACCUCGAAGACGGGCGGCACGGCGACUAUCACGAACAAGACGAAGGGCAAGACCGUCUCGCACACGUUCUCCGGCCAGCCAUCGCUCUGCGAGUACAACGCGGAGUGGAUCGUCGAGGACUUCGAGGAGGGCAGCUCCCUCGUCCCCUUCGCCAACUUCGGCACCGUCGCCUUCACCGGCGCAUCUGCGGGCACCGUCAGCGGCUCGAGCGUCGGCCCGUCCGGCGCCACCCUCAUCGACAUCAAGCAGAACAACAAGGUUCUCACCUCGGUCUCGACCAGCGGCAGCUCGGUCACCGUCAAGUACACCGGCUGAGCAGCUGCUGUUGAAGAAGGAAAGGCCUGCGUUCGUCCGUUGCGACGGACGUGAGCCACGGACAUUGGAAAUGCCUCGCCCGUGUAUAACAUGUACCACAUCUGUGUACUACGACGUGAGACGAAUAAUGACGAC